UGAUCAAUCUCAAAUUGACAACAAAGCAAAGCAAAUCACCACCUGAGCUCAAGUUUUCAUGCCUUUUCAAAACCCCACUUGAGAUCUUCUUAUUGAUCGCAAAUUCGCAAUUCCCGUUUCUCUGCUUCCUUCAAGGAGGUAUACAACACCAAUUUCAUCAAUUUUCAUUUUUUUUAGUUCAUUUUUAUUGCUUCUAUAGUUCAAUUUUCAUUUCGAGUUGAAGAUAUAUUUAAUCAAGAGCAACAAAAAAGGAGAGUGAAGAAUCUAAGUUCCAAAGAUGAAUGAUCUAAUGACCAAGUCUUUCAUGAGCUAUGUUGAUCUCAAGAAGGUGGCUAUGAAAGAUCUUGAAGCUGGUCCUGACUUUGAUGUGGAAAUGGCAUCCUCGGCAAACACUAUGGACCAAAACCUCAACCUUUUCCUAGAAGAAGCUGAGAAUGUGAAGAAGGAAAUGGGGGAAAUCCGGGAAAUAUUGAACAAACUCCAAGAAUCCAAUGAGCAAAGCAAGUCCUUGCACAAACCUGAGGCUCUCAAGUCUUUGCGCAAUGAGAUCAACAAAGAUAUUGUCACAGUGCUCAAGAGGGCCAGAACAAUUAGGUCACAUCUCGAAGACAUGGACCGUGCCAAUGCUGCUAACAAGCGCCUCUCAGGCUGCAAAGAAGGGACCUCAAUUUACAGGACUAGGAUUGCGGUUACUAAUGGCUUACGAAAAAAGUUAAAGGAGUUAAUGAUGGAUUUUCAAGGGCUGAGGCAGAGAAUGAUGACUGAAUACAAGGAAACAGUUGGGAGAAGAUACUUCACUGUGACUGGAGAGUACCCAAAUGAGGAUGUCAUUGAGAAAAUCAUAUCUGAUGGGGGUAAUGGCGGUGAGGAGUUUUUGACAAGGGCAAUACAAGAGCAUGGGAGGGGUAAGGUGUUGGAGACUGUGGUGGAGAUUCAAGAUAGGCAUGUCACAGCGAAAGAGAUUGAGAAGAGCUUGUUGGAGCUGCACCAAAUCUUCUUGGACAUGGCCGUAAUGGUAGAAGCACAGGGUGAGCAGAUGGAUGACAUUGAGCACCAUGUGAUGAAUGCCUCACAUUAUGUCAAGGACGGCACCAAGCAGCUCAAGGCCGCAAAGGACUACCAGAGGAGCAGCAGAAAGUGGAUGUGUGUGGGUGUGAUUCUUCUGUUGUUGAUCAUUCUAUUGGUUAUCAUACCUAUUGCCACUAGCUUUACCAGUUCUUGAAUUUUAAGGCUCUCUUUAUAGGAGGAUUUAAUGCCCUGUUAAAAAUGUCUGGUUUGGGUUUGAGAAGCCUCAAAGUCCUAAUGCAGGGACUGGCCUGUCUAAGAAUUUUUUCUUUCUUAUUCUUUUCUUGAUUGUAGUUUGAAUAAAAUCUCUUGAUUGAAAAUUACAAAAAUUUGUUUUUGGUUUCUUCUUUCAUGGGUUGGAGAACAAAGAUCUCAGCCAAUCAUAAUUAGCUCCUCUUUAUUUAGCUCUGUUAAGCAAUUUCCUCAUCUUGUUGAAGUUCUUUGACCA